AUGUACCACAUACAUGCAAUCACCCCAGGCGAGUUGUCCCAGUCCCAAGGCCAAGUGCGGACGAAGCGGGAAUUAUCAAACAACAUCAGCCGUCGUGUUGACGUCAAGUAUUACCUCCACACGCGCGGGAACGAAGGAAACCCGACAGAACUGGAGGAUCCUGACGGCACUCCUGACGUCAGCGGCACGCCCUUCCGCAGCAGCCGCCAGACCAAGUUCAUCAUACACGGGUUCCAGAGUAGCGGGAAGGAACAGUGGAUUCUCAACAUGGCCAACGCACUGCUGCAAGCGGAGGAUGUGAACGUGUUUGCCGUGGACUGGCACAAAGGCGCCAGCCCGUGGACCCUGCGUCCCUAUCGGGCAGCCACUAAGAACUGUCGGACGGUUGGGCAGACUGUUGGGAAGUUUGUUCACCAGCUGGGACAACCCGCGAACAUGACCCACAUCAUCGGGCACAGUCUGGGCGCUCAUGCCGCGGGGUUCGCCGGGAAGGCUGCAAAGUCGAGAGGGCUCACGGUCGCGCGAAUCUCAGGCCUAGACCCGGCCGGACCGCGGUUCGGAGACGUACCCGCCGAGGACAGGUUGGACAGAGGUGACGCCACGUUUGUUGACGUCAUCCACACCGAUACUGCCAAGAUAGGUUUCGGGAAACUGAAGCCGAUCGGACAUGUCGACUUCUACCCGAACGAAGGGUGGGCCCAGCCAGGAUGCGGAUUGCAAUUGCCCGGCUGCAGCCACCGCCGAGCUCACGAGUUCUACACAGAGUCUAUCAACUCGGGCUGCCGGUUCCUGACCCACCGAUGUCGGGACUGGGAAAAUUUCAACUGGAAGCGGGGACAAUGUGACAGCUGUUCCCUUGGUCUGUCAGAUGGCGCCUGUUCGGUGAUGGGGUAUCCUGCCAUCAACUACCCGAACUCUCACGGCAGCAUGUACCUGGUGACAAAUGACAACCCUGAGCCCCACUGUGCACACCGCGGCCGUGUCAAACGUGAGGCUGGGAGCGGGGAGAGUACUCAGUGUGUGCAGUCCCUGAGGACAGACAUGCGGCAGGAGAUAUGGGACUACAUGGACUCCAUCACAGACAUACAGGAGAUGGGUAUGUACUCCGAAAUGGAUGUUGUUGUGGCCAAUAUCACAGCAGACGAGCCUAACUGUGGUCCCGAGGAUACUCCUAUCAUCAUGGAGUACAUAGGAGACGGCAAGUACGACUCCAUAAUGGCCUGGGCGAAGGACAAGUGCCCCGGGAGCAUGCGCACCAGCGGCGGCGCUUCUACUCUCCCGUCUGCACUGCUGGUCUUCGCCCUGCAGUUCACCGCGGUGGUCGCUGUGUUCCUGUGUUUUGCUAAGGUCAAAUUUCCAAACCGGUGCCCGGCCGGGCUGCUAGCGUUAACGGAAAAUAAAUAA